AACUAUCCCUUUAAAUUCAUUUUCUCAGUUGAUAUAACAGUGUUAUAGAGCACAGCUGAUUGCAGUGCAAGCUGGGACUCUGUAAUUACUGUGAAAGUGAAACAAAUAGUAGCCAAGAACUUAGUGUACCUUUUUUGUGUAUUUUUUAUAUAUAUAUAAGACAUUUUUACAAUUGAAUCACUUUUUUUGACAUUUGAACAAGAGUCAACGUCACAGGAAAUGGAUUUCACCAUUUCCAAGAAACAUUUCAGUGACCUUUUUAAAAAAUGUGCAGUCAUCAUAAACAAGACAUAAAAGCAUAUUUUUUGUGAUCUACUUUCAAUCUAAAUUUGCAUAAGCUCUAAAAAAACGUCAGUGAAGUUGGAAAGUUCUCCUCUCAGAUGAACACUCAAAGUACCGCCACUGCUUAGCUACACAGUUACUAUUAAUAACUUAAGGAAGCAGUUGAUAUCACUGUAAUAGUGGCCACAGAGUGUGGUUGAAUUGAAGCCUUCCUAUUCAUCUUACCCACAAACACACCUAUAAGAAGUGAAACCAAAUUGCACUAAUCAUUUGACAGAAACUGGCAUAGUUGACCGAGAACCGACAUUAAAAUACAUAAAUACAUCAUUCUUAAGAAACAUAAAGACAGACUAAGCAGAGAUCUCAGAGAACAGACAAAACAAAACAAAACAAAAAAAUAAAACAAAUAAUAAAAUAAAACAAAAAACAACAAAACAAAACAAAUAAAACAAAACAAAUAAUAAAACAAAACAAAAAAACAAAACAAAAAAACAAAACAAAUAACAUUUAGGUUUAAUACUUGGCAUGAUGCAUUAUGAGGCAUCAUCACAUGUUUCAUUGCUCUGAUGAAUGAGUGAAAGGGGAUUUUUUUUUUGCUGUUGUUUGGCUCAAGUAUUUACAUAGUUACAAGUAGCCACAAGUAUUUAAAUUCUGAGUUCAUGAAAAGUUUUCAAGAAUUUGUGUGUUAAGGAAAAUGAAGUGUGCUACAAAUGAAAUGAGGAUGUAAAAAUGGAGUCAGUUUCAGGGUUCAAAUCCUGAUUACUUUAAAGCACCACUUGAUUUACUAAAAGCCUCCCACGUCGGGUUAAUGAUUAUUUUGUUGGAAAGCGAUCUCAAUAGGUUUGUACAAUUAGGUUUAUGAUUUAAUCUUUAAUCAUCUUUGUCUAAUGUGUUCAUGUUUGAAAGUGAAGGCAAAACAUAGAGGUGUAGCAGACAACAAAACCUGCUUUUUCUCAUGAAGUGAGAUGAGCUUCCCCUGCUGCUCUCAUGUUGUGGUUUGUGGUGAUGCAGUAGUUAGCACCUCAUUCUGCCCCAGAAAGCACACGACUAGUGAGUACAGACUAACCCCUCAUGUAUCUAGUCUAGAUGACUUCGAACACAACGACUGUUGACGUGAGCUCUGGCUACAAUGAUUGCCUCGAACUGUUGGUGUAUUCGCUAUGUCUUAUGAGUGAGGACCUUUCUGAACACUAGAGGUGAUGGGGAUGAGAGUGGCUGUGCUGUUGCUUGUUGUUUCUGUCAGUUUGACUGAAGCAGGAUGUAUACCUACAACUAGUCCACGGUGUUACAAAAAUUCAACUAAGCCAGACGAGGACUUUAAUUGUGAAUGGGAUAAAAGAAACUCUAAGGAGAAUCAGACACACACUCUUUAUAUAUGGGACGGUAAAGAGACAAUUCUUAUAGAUGUGAACACUGACAAUGGAUUCAUUCCCUUGGAGGUACUAGGAAACACAAGAAAAGAGAAGGACAUAUGGGUACAGACACAAGUGGGCAACCUCACCUGCAAUUCUCGCAAAAUCUCAGUCAUCCUUGAAUGCUUGGUCAAAUACAGUAAACCUGAGAUUACCAGCAUGAAAAGGUCAGCUGGAAUCCUGAACCUCACACUGGACAAACCAAUAGAUAACAAAAGUGUUCUAUAUGAGAUCAGAUGGAGGGAGAGAGGCUCCAAAUGGCAGAAUGCGACAUUUGAAACUGAAGACAGCACUAUCCAAGAUUUCUACAAGCUACAUCUACAGAAACAGACAAUCUACCAGAUCCAACUGAGGCGGCAGGCUAAACUGCAGCCAAGUCUAUGUAAAGACUCACUACAUACUCUCUGGAGUGACUGGAGCCCAGUGGUGGAUGUUCCCUUAGAAAUCAGCCUCCCACCUGUAAUACGCUGGGCAGAAAAAAAAUGGACGAAUGGUACCAGGGAAAUUAAUCUCAUCUGGGAUGAGCCACCUGCGAAAGAGUCUGCUGGGGGUGUGGAGUACAAGCUAAACAUCACUGUUUGGCCUUGUAAAAAAAACAGUACAAAGGAAACCUCAACAUCGAAUCGAAGCUAUAAAACCUCAAUUACAUAUUCAGAGGCCAGGAUUUCCAUUAUUGCAAUUAACAUUGUUGGAAGUUCACCUCCAAAGGAGAUCAUCAUUCCUGCUGUGAAAUAUCUGAGCAUUUCAGAUUGUUACAAGCCUUCUUAUAUCACCAAAGGUAAUAAAAUCUGCUUAGAAUGGUACAAGCUGGAAAACGGUGAGACCCGAACAAGUAAAGUAAACAAGUCAAGCAAAAACUCAUUCAAGGAGAUUGAAAAAGGGGUGGAGAAGUUUGUACGUCAUUAUUACUUUCUUCACACCAUGAGCAAGAAACAUCAUAAAACUGUUGAAAUGUGUCCCUUUUACUCAGAACAGGGAGCACCAAUUAAAGGUCCAGGGAAUGUGAUUAUUACUGAAUUGACACAUGAAUCAGCUGUGGUGAGUUGGCUUUCCAUUCCUGUGGCGGAGCAACGAGGAUUUCUACUGCAUUAUCUCAUCUGGAUUUCAGGACAGGGAAAUACGACACUCCAUAAAGUCCCAGCAAAUGAAACCAGCUUCAGGAUCAAGAACCUCCACCCAGGGGCCUCUUACACUAUUUAUAUAGCCGGAAAAACAAUAGCUGGUAGAGGGCCGAACUCAACGGUGAACUUUGAAACACGCUUAAAAGAAUUGGGCUUAUCACAGCAGGACCAGACCAUCCUGAGCGUCUGUGUGGUAGCCCUCUUGUGUACUAUAAUCUGCUCUGUAGCUGUCAGGAGAUUUAGGAGUAAGUUGAUACCUGAGGUACCCAGUCCUGUGAUUGAUACAGCAGAAUUCAUAGGUCUGCAAAAUCAGAACCAGAGCCAGAUGACAGAGGAAGUGCAUGAAUUUGUUCUCUUGCUGCGUCAAGAUCUCGACAAACCUAGUGAAAACAAUACCCGUGAACAGAGCACUUUACUGCAAGGCUUUGGCCUUGUCGUCUUUGAAGAGGAAGAUGAGGAAGACGAGGAGGGUGAAGUUGCUGACUUGAGCUCUAUGAAAUCAUGUUGCUAUCCGAAUCCUAGUUACAGAGGACAGAUGCUACACCUGCCAGAGCCUUUCCACAUGACAGAUAGCACAUUAAAAGACAAUGACACAGAGUCCACAUACAGAAAUGGCCUGUUCUUUGAAACAAGAAUCACUGAGAGUGAUACAACAUCACUAUAGUCUUGUCUGGUCUUGUUUGUGACGAGUUCUGACAAAUAAACAACCCUAAACAAACUUC